AUGCAUUAUUACUACGAAGGUGUCUGUUCCUGGCAGUGGUUUUACCCAUAUCAUUAUGCGCCGUUUGCUUCUGAUCUUAAGGAUCUUGGAGAAUUAAGCAUCAGUUUUGAACUCGGUUCCCCAUUCAAACCGUUUAAUCAACUGAUGGGCGUGUUUCCUGCUGCAAGUUCCCACGCUCUUCCCGAGCAUUAUAGAAAGUUGAUGAUGGAUCCGGACUCGCCUAUUAUCGAUUUUUACCCAACAGAUUUUGAAGUCGACAUGAAUGGGAAGCGUUUUGCAUGGCAGGGAAUAGCAAAGUUGCCUUUCAUUGAUGAAGAUCGCCUUCUUGCAGAAGUGUCAAAAGUUGAGCAUACUUUAACGGAGGAAGAGGCUCGGAGAAACAGCACAAUGUGUGACAUGCUUUUUGUGGCAUUAUCACACACAUUAUCUCCAUACAUAUUCUCUCUAAACGACCGAUGUAAGCAGUUAUCCGCCAAGGAACGAGUUGAAGUCAAAGAACAAAUCGACCCACUCGCAAGUGGGGGGAUGAAUGGGUAUCUAUCCCUUUGUGGCGGAGAUCCCUGUCCUCCAAUAUUUAGCUCACCUGUUGACGGCAUGGAUGACAUCAUGGAUAAUCAAGUCAUAUGUGCUAUAUACAGACUGCCAGAAUAUCAUAACCAUAUAUCUCGACCACCUGCAGGGGUCAAACCACCAAAAAAGACGGUGACGGUGGAUGAUUUACAACCAGAGCCUGCUUUAUGGCAUGAAGAUUCUGGAAGAAAGCCCUGGGAGAACGGAAGGAAUGGGCAGAACAGGCAGCAUAACAACAACAAUAACAACAAUAAUAAUUAUAACAACCAGCACCAGCACCACCACCCUGGGCGGCAGCUUGGAGAUGCUGCACAUCGACUUGUGAACAAUAGCUUACAAAUAAAGACAGAUAGAAGAAAUAGUCAUUAUCAUCAUCCAUAUGACCCACGCCCACCCCCUUUCCAUGCUAUUAGACCACCAGCACCAGCAUCCUAUCAUCACAACCAAAGUAGGAUGGUGCAGGGUUAUCAUCCUACUCCACAAUCACAUAACUAUGCUCAACCCCAACCUUAUGCUUCACCUGCCCAUGCCAAUUACACUAGUAGUAGUAGUAGGUCAGUUUCAGAUCAUCAAACCCCUGGAUACGAAUACGAUCCACGUGUCACCCAUCAAACUCCACAUGCCGUUACUCAUUACUAUCCACACCAGGGUUACAAUAACAGUGGUGGCUAUGGUGCUGCCAAUCAGACUGCAGGAUGGGCAGCCGCUCGUGGGAAUCAAGGUGGCGACAGAGGAGGAGGAAGACAUCAUCAUGGUGGAGGCAACAACCAAUUCUCAGCAUUGAAUAGAAGACCCCCUCAUCGCCGUUAGAUAUGUAAUGUCUAUGUUUAUGUUUAUGUUGGAAUACAUAAUGUAUCAUAUGUGUCCACUUAUAUCAAUUUCAUUCCAUAGCUUCAGCUCAGGAUAUUAGAUGAUUCCUCUCUAAUUUUUGUUGUAUUUAUACUUGCCUUUUAUGUUCCUUAUCUUUUUUAUCGAAUCCAAUAAUAAAACCCAGAAAAUCUUUAUUCCAAU